AUGAGUAUUUCCGACUUUCGAGAAGGUGACAUAUUGUUUGUGCGCAGCGGAUACAUACAUCAAUAUGAGGUCAUAUCACCCCAGCGGAGAAAGGAGCUUCAUGAGAGCUCCUGGAAUCCCUUUGAAAAUACCAGGGUCGCUGCAGUUGCGGGCGGUACGAGAUCUUUUGAAGAAUGGCCCUGCAUGGCGCAGCAAUGGCAUCUGCAUGAGAAAUUGCUAGUACCAGGCGGAGUUGCAAGCCCUCCCAAUGCUCUUGCAUUUUUCUAG